ACUUUGGUGUGCCACAGCACCACUGAGCACCUAACCUACAGUACUCUAACCUUAGCUGUGUAACUCCGGAGGCCCUUUGCGGUUACAACACAGCUACUGAGCCCACUAAACCCACCGCCAAAUCACGAGCAUAGCCCAAUCAGCCCCAAGUUUGUACUGCGUUGAACCAGCCAAUCCCAAGUGUCUACGCACGGAAUUGGGGACUUUUGAAACAAACGAACUACCCCCCCAAGAACAAGGCAUAGGAAAGUCAGAGUUUAGAAAUACAGAAAGAUGCGUUAUCAUGCUAGCUUCGAUUGUCUCCUCGUCACAUUGUUUACCAUGGCUCGUCCACCUUUUGUCGACCCUGACUACUGGGCACUGCUAGGCGGGCAGGUCCCAACUCCAGCACCGCCGGCGACGGACCUCAAUGCCAUCAGAAACUCGACAAACGCUGCAACACAAGCCGCCUCCAACGCACUUCCCUACCCGGCUGGUAUGAUCGAUACAGUCAGCACAGCCACAUCUGUUGAUGGGACGAAAUUCAACAUCACGCGCUUCGUGCCUCUUAGCGUCCAGCAAGGCGGCGAGAAUGCACAGAGAGCUGUCAUCUACGCUUUUGGAGGCGGCCUAAUUGCUGGCAGCGUGAACAUUAGCCGCAAUAUGAUCGCCAGCUUCGCCGAACAAACAGCAUCUCAAGUUUUUGCCCCAGAUUAUCGUUUAGCGCCUGAACACCCUUACCCGGCGGCCUUGGACGAUGUUUAUUCAACGAUUACUUGGUUACAAGCUCGCUCGAGCGAAUUCAACAUCGAUCCCGCUCGUGUCGUCAUAUUUGGACAAAGUGCAGGCGGCAAUCUCGUCGCCGCGGCCGCGCUCAAGGGCAGGGAUGAGGGCCUUGACCCGCCGCUCGCGGCGCAGAUAUUGAGAUACCCCAUGUUGGAUGAUCGGACUCGAAUGGAUCCCCAGAACCCUCGAUUCCCCUAUCUUACCUGGAGUCCAAGUAGUAACAAGAUCGCAUGGAAUGCAUACUUGGGCAAGACGAACGGAGCGGGAGACAAAGCGACGGUCCCUUAUUACGCUGCUCCAGGUCGCGCCCAAGACUUACACGGGCUCCCGACAACACAUCUAGGCGUUGGCGGUCUAGAUCUAUUCCGCGACGAGGCUACGAGUUUCGCGGCAAGACUUUCAUCGCAAGACGUUAAGGUACAGUCCAACGUUUACCCUGGAGUACCGCACGGUUUCGAUGGCAAUCCUGCAUUCAGUCUCAGGACUGAAUUAUGGGAUAACGAGGCUAGAUUCAUUCGACAGUUCUAGGUACAAACUAGUGCGGCUUCAGCGAGGGAAUUAGGGGCCUACUACUCUGAAGAUCUCAGUCAACUCGCACUGGUUUACGGUGUUAAUCUUAGAACGUCAUAUCAUUGUACUCAUCAUUACUGUCAAGGUGCCUUUUGUUGCGAUUCCUUAUUCUCCACAACUCCCAACUAGGUAAGGCAUUUUAGAGGCACCGGGUCUGCCAAGUGGAGGUGAUGUCAAGUGGAGGGGAUGCCAAGUAAAGACACCCUGCCUAGAUCCACCCCCACCCCCCUUGCAGAAAGUUUAUUGAAUGCAUGAUUAGGCUAGGAGUUACUUACAACUUUAAGGUACAUUUACCGCAGCUUUAUCC